AUUGUUACAAAUCUCUGAGUUUGUCACUGCAGCAUUUGUCGCUGCGUUUAGAGAGGAAUAUCGUCGGAUAUUAAGAAUGGGAAUCCUAAGAGUUGUGCGUCCGUAUUUGAAAUCGCUGUCGACUGGGGGUGCGUUGUUACUGGUGGUCUUCUACGUCAUUUUCGGUAGACAGAUGUCGUUCUAUUUUACCCCGGUUUUGCUACUGGAGCGAAAUAAGAGUGUUGUUUUCUUCAGCUGUUGCGAGAGACUUGCACCAGCAUAAUGACAGUCUACCGGGAAAUGACACUUGGACUAUGUCGACGCCCGUUUCUCUGUCUUUGCUACUUCCGACGCUCGGCGCUUCGCUACCUCCAUGGCCUUUUCAGCCAGCGCCGCAACCAGCCAUAUUUCAGAACACGAGGCCACCGACUCCAACCCCAACCGCAUCUGGCGGCGCGCCGGAUGAUUUUUCCCACACAAACUCAGAAGACAGUGUUCUUAUUAGCAAGGACUCUUCUGUGGUAAGUCAAUUAAAUGAACUGGAACAGAGGUCAAGGCAUUUAAACACAACGUGCUUCAAGGACGUUUUACUCAACGCAACUUAUAAGGGAACGGAACGCGGACGUUUUUUUCAUUCUAUGGUUUACAAUAUCGGAUAUUGCAAAGUGCCAAAAGUUGGGUCUACUUUUUGGACAUUGUUAUUGACAACUCUUGACAAUGGAGUCGAUUUUGGCAAGAAACUUUUAGAAAAGAAACGCAGUUUUCUACACGCUGGUCGUUACUCUUUUUCUUCCUCAUUCACGUACCUUAAGAGUGCCAAAGUUCCAAUAAUUCUCCCAACACGGGACCCAUAUUCUCGGCUUUACUCGGCUUUCAUCGACAAAUCAUACUUGCCCAUUAUAAUAAACACAAACUACGAUGUUCUAAGCAUUCGAAACAAAUCACUGUGGGCAACUGAUGUUUCUUUUCAAGAAUUUCUGCAAUGGAUUUUGAACGAAGCGAAAGCAGGCAAAUCUUUAGAUAGACACUGGGCACCGAUUUAUUCUAUUUGCGGAUCUUGCGAGGUUAACGCUCAGUACAUUGCAAAACAAGAAACAUUUGCAAACGAUAUCGGCGUCUUAUUAAAGAAGCUGAACGUAUCGUCAGAAAAAUACAACUUCAUCAUGCAUACGCUGGAAGGCAAGCGGAUCCAGUCAUCCUUGCCGGGAAUUGUAGCUACAAUUCUAGAGCGGAGUUCUGGGGCCGAGAUUAGCCGGUGUAUGCCAUGGCUGGAGGUCACUCGAAGGAUAUGGCGCUCUUUUCAGAUUCAGGGCUUUAUUCGCGAAGACCGAGGAUAUCCGCAAGGUACGUUCGAGUCCAUUCGGAACAGCUCAGAUCCGUCACUAGUGUCCGAUAUAAUUUUAGCGGAAAUAUUCAAGUAUACUUUGUCGUCGGAAGAACGUAAAAUUCAACGAGAAAAUGCGUUUCGAAAAGCGUAUGAUGGUGUCAGCAAAGAUGUUGUUGAUGUGAUCAAAGACUUGUACAGUGUGGACUUUUCAAUAUACGGUUAUUCUAAUAUUCCACCAAAUGAGAGAUAAAAUGAAAGUUUCUUUGCGAUAAAAAAAGGUUAUUUGAUCGUUUCUUAACUGUUUGAGUCAACAUAUGUCAACAAACAGGCUUAACGUUCAUGUUUGUUCUCUUUAUAUUCAUAUAAUUUAACCUCUUGGCUGAAUCGUUAAAUCGUGUAUAUAUGUAGAUUUCAACAUAGUACCAGAAUCUUUGCUAUUGUUUUCAUGUUCAUAAAUAUUAGUUCAGCUGGAAACGCAUUUUGUUUGAAGAGAUAAAUUAUAAAGCAACGCAAAACCAAAUUUAGUAAUUGUUACAUAAUAUAGUAUUAUUUGUAUUCAAUCCUUUAGGAAUACACGUGUACUGCAUAAUAGGCAUUUACUGAAAUAAAUGCCCGGGACUCACUUUGUGUGAUAGACCCACCUGAUUUAGCAACAGUAACACAAAUUAUCUAUGGUUACUUUAAAAGACAAUUUAUUUUUGUAUUUUCAUUCAUCGUUAGUGCAUUUUUGUUUUGUUGUUUUAAAAAGUUUUUAAAUUG